AUGGCAACAGAAGAUGCUGUUUAUCUCACAACCAUGAAUCUGGCACAUGUUGUCAGAGAGGAGGCUCCCAAAUCAGGAGAAAAUCCAAUGUCUAAGGAAACAAUGAUGACCAUUGAGGCUUGGAAACAAUCUGAUUUCCUGUGCAGAAACUACAUCCUUAACAGGCUUGAUGAUACUCUGUAUGACAUUUAUUCGUCAUACAAUUCUGCAAAGGAAGUUUGGGAAUUACUUGAGAAAAAUACAAAACAAAAGAUGCUGGUUGAAGAACUUCAAAUUCUGAUCCAUGAUUUGCUUGCAGAGGGGUGCUCUAUUAAUGAACACUUCCAGGUUGGAGCAAUCAUAGAGAAACUGCCUCCAUCAUGGAAAGACUUCAAAAUUUAUUUGAAGCACAAGCGCAGAGAGAUGUCUAUGGAGGAUCUGAUUUUGAGGCUUCGAGUUGAGGAGGAUCACAGGAAAGGUGACAAGGGUGAAGUGCCUGUCAUGGAAGCCAAAGCCAAUGUCGUUGAGACAUCAAAGCCAAAAUUCCAGAAUAACAAGGGCAAGAAAGUUGCAAAGAACUAUGGCAAACUCAUGCACCAAAAGGCAAGGAUUUCAAGAAAAUCAAAGGUGCUUGCUGGGUAUGUGGAAAACCAGGGCAUAAAGCACAAGAUUGCCGCCACCGAAGAGACCAAAAUCCAACCAAUCCUCAAGCCAAUAAAUCUGUUCACUGAUUACGAACAGAAUUCUAGUGGUGAGAAACUGUACAUGGGAAAUGCCUCUGCAUCUGCAGUUGAAGGCAAAGGCAGUGUGCUGCUGAAGUUCACUUCUGGGAAGGUUUUAACCCUAUUGGAUGUGCUGCAUGUUCCUGAAAUUAGGAAGAACUUAGUGUCUGGCCCAAUUCUUAGUAAGAAGGGUUUCAAACUUGUAUUUGAAUCUGACAAGUUCAUCCUAACCAAAGGAGGGCUGUUUGUAGGAAAGGGUUACCUUGCUGAUGGUUUGUUCAAACUCAAUGAUGAAGCCUUACAGAUGUUUAAGACAUACAAGGCAGAAGUUGAGAAUCAACUUGAUAGAAAAGUGAAAGUACUUAGAUCAGAUAGAGGUGGAGAAUAUGAGUCCACUGCAUUUUCUGAUUUUUGUGCAACUCAUGGAAUUAUACAUCAAACCACUGCACCAUAUACACCGCAACAAAACGGUGUAGCAGAAAGGAAAAAUAGAACUUUCAAGGAUAUGAUAAAUUCCAUGUUGAAUAGCUCUGGGCUUCCACACAAUCUGUGGGGUGAAGCCUUACUUACUGCAAAUCACAUCUUGAACAGAAUUCCACAUAAGAAGAGUAAACAAUCUCCUUAUGAAAUGUGGAAAGGACGGAUUCCUACAUACAAGACACUGAAAGUGUGGGGUUGCCUAGCUAAAGUACAAGUACCCUUACCAAAAAGGGUAAAACUUGGACCUAAAACUAUUGAUUGUGUUUUCAUAGAAUCUGUUGAUGUUGAUUUCUUUGAGGAAAUUUUUCCUUACAAAGAAAAGAGGUCCGGUUCAAACAAAAGGAAAGUACAUGAUGGAAAUCCUGAUGAACCAUCCUCUUCAGGUGUCCAAGAAAAGGAAGUGGAACCUAGAAGAGGAAAGAGGACUAAAACACCAAAAAGUUUUGGACCAGAUUUUGUAAGUUUCCUGACUGAAGAAGAACCACAAACUUAUAAGGAAGCUAUGGCUUCACCUGAGGCUCCUUUAUGGAAGGAAGCUGUUAAUAGCGAAGUAGAAUCCAUUAUGCAGAACCAUACGUGGGAAUUGGUUGAUUUACCACCUGGUAACAAACCAAUUGGAUAUAAAUGGAUUUUUAAAAGAAAGCUAAAAGCCGAUGGUACUAUUGAUAAAUACAAGGCACGUUUAGUUGCUAAAGGGUAUCGGCAAAAGGAAGGGUUGGAUUAUUUCGACACUUAUUCUCCAGUAUCAAGAAUUACAUCUAUAAGGAUGUUAAUUGCUAUAGCUGCAAUACACAAUAUGGACAUACAUCAAAUGGAUGUAAAAACAGCUUUCUUGAAUGGGGAAUUAGAUGAAGAAAUAUACAUGGAACAACCAGAAGGUUUUGUGGUAAAAGGUCAAGAAACUAAAGUCUGUAAACUUGUUAAGUCUUUAUAUGGACUUAAACAAGCACCAAAACAAUGGCAUGAAAAGUUUGAUCAUACAAUGAUGUCACACGGAUUUAAGAUCAAUGAAUGUGACAAGUGUGUCUACAUAAAAAACAACAAGAAUUCUUGUGUUCUUGUAUGUUUAUAUGUUGAUGACAUGCUCAUAAUGGGAACGAGUAAGGAUGCAAUAAAUUCUACAAAGAAGAUGUUGAAUUCAAGUUUUGACAUGAAAGACCUAGGUCAAGCUGAUGUCAUAUUGGGAAUUCAAAUCAAAAGAAAUAAUGAUGGGUAUAUUCUUACUCAAUCCCAUUAUGCAGAAAAAAUUCUAAGAAAGUUUGGUCAAUUUGACUGCAAACCUGCUGUGACUCCUUUUGAUGUAAAUUGCAAAUUAAAAAAGAAUAGUGGAGAUGCAAUUUCCCAAUUGGAGUAUUCCCAAGUAAUUGGGAGCCUAAUGUAUUUAAUGAAUUCUACUAGGCCAGACUUAGCUUAUUCAGUAAGCAGGCUUAGUAGAUACACAAGCAAUCCUGGACAUGAUCAUUGGGAAGCACUAAUAAAGGUGCUAAGAUAUUUGAAAUACACCCAAGACUAUGGAUUGCACUACACUAGAUAUCCACCAGUUCUAGAAGGCUAUAGUGAUGCAAAUUGGAUUUCUGAUAGUACAGAAACCAAAUCAACUAGUGGAUAUGUAUUUACAUUAGGUGGAGCUGCAGUAUCCUGGAAAUCCUCUAAACAGACGUGUAUAGCACGCUCUACAAUGGAAUCAGAGUUUGUAGCCUUAGAUAAAGCUGCUGAAGAAGCAGAAUGGCUGAGAAACUUCCUAGAGGACAUUCCAAUGUGGCCUAAGCCUGUGACAGCAAUUUGUAUACAUUGUGAUAGUAUGGCUGCACAAGCAAGAGCCAAGAGUGGUGUAUACAAUGGAAAGUCAAGACAUAUCAGGCGUAGGCAUAAUACAAUUAGACAAUUGCUCUCAAAUGGAAUUAUAUCCAUUGACUAUGUGAAGUCAAAGGAAAAUAUUGCAGAUCCUUUGACAAAAGGCCUACCAAGAGAGCAAAUCAAAUUUACAUCGAGAGGAAUGGGAUUGAAGCCAAUCCAAUGA